GAUUGCAAAGCCGGCCUAACAAAGAGGGAUAUACAAAACACAAAGUAGAUCAUUGAAAGUCAUUGUGUCUCAGAAAGUACGACACAAUGCCCGUCGCACUGGCUGACAGAAAGUCAAUGAAUCAUAAACGCCCCGUGCACGAUCAUCGGUAGAAAGGAAAUCGCAAGCAGUAAAACAUCACCAUACGGUCAUUACACGGAUCGAAUAAAGCUGGUAAGAGUUGAUCUCAAUCGAACCGACGGCACAACCAGGUUUCCCGAGAACCGCGAACGCUCAUCACAUUCCAGUCGCGGCAAAGCGUGACCCCAAAUGCACAACCGCCACAAACGCAGACGGUCAGUGCGAUUCGCCAUUACCGCCUACUCGAUCCUUGACCUCCGCAAACCGUCUAAAAGGUCCCACGAUUAAGCCCGACAACGGAAUAGGAGAACCGGUGAGGUAGACUUCCGCAAGAAUUGACCGCCGAAGGCAAGCGUCCCACGAUGAGUGCGACCGACGAUUUGCUUGUGUUGAGUAGUGAGACUGUUAAAAAUUCCACCUUUUUUGCAUAUAUCGAACAAUACAUUGACUUGGACUAUUCCAUCUGGCUGUACCGGUUGCUGACGCCAAUAUUGGUUACAUUCCUGCUGCCUUGCGUCUUCGUCCUGCUCAUUUACUGUACCAUAUCUUUUCUGUACAUCUACAAGUUGCACAGUCGCUUCAUAUUGCAGGUGUACAAUGAGGGCGACUUCGAUUUUUGGGACGUGGCCCGUACGCUUAUUGCCGUCGUUUGGGACGCUCACGGUUGGAUAUUUCAUGGAUACGAGGUUUGCGGGGUAGAACACCUUCCCGAGUCUGGACCGGCCCUUAUUAUCUACUAUCACGGCGCCAUCCCGAUCGAUAUGUACUACUUCACCGCACGCGUCUACCUCAAGCGCCAUCGGCUGAUCUACACCGUAGGCGAUCGGUUUCUGAACAGUGUGCCCGGCUGGAAACUUCUAGCGCGUGUCAUGAAAAUCAGCCCAGGAACGGUGCAGUCGUGUGCGAGUGUCCUGCGUGAAGGUAACAUGCUCUCGAUUGCACCGGGUGGCGUUUACGAGGCGCAGUUCGGUGACAGCAAUUACGAGCUGCUCUGGAGGCAUCGGGUUGGCUUCGCCAAGGUGGCAAUGGAGUCAAAAGCGCCUAUCAUUCCGAUGUUCACGGAAAACCUGCGCGAAGGCUUUCGCUCCGUCGGACUGGCCAAACCACUGUUCAUCCGGCUAUACAACGCCGUCCGGUUUCCAGUGCGCCCGAUUUACGGUGGAUUUCCGGUCAAGUUUCGCACCCAUUUGGGGCCCCCGAUCCCUUACGAUCCGUCGCUAACGGUCGAAGAGCUACAGGAGAAGGUGGCGUACGCGAUCGAAGAGCUGAUCAACCGUCAUCAGAGAAUACCGGGUAGCAUAUUCCACGGGCUGCUCGAUCGGUUCCUCAGCAAGAGAAAACGUCAGUGAACCAGGGUUCCUUCUGAAGGCAUUUCCAUUUCCUUACGCUUCAAGCUGAGCUAGUUUGUUCCACAAAGACACGGCGUUAAACGAAAGUAUCGUUGUCGCAAGCUGAAAACGAUAGCAAACAAGAUGUAUUUAAUA